GGCUUUGGUGCAAAAUUUGGGAGAUUUCUACUGGUAAUGGCACUUGUACCCAAAAUCUACAGCUGUAUCUAGGCAACGAGUAAAUUAGCAGCUAUACACCGUGUAAUAAAAGAAAGAAGAAAAGGGAUUUAAAAAAAGAAAAUGGUCAUUGAUAAGGAAAAGAACUGAAGAGAUAUAAAUACCUGCUGCAAAACAGUCAAAGAUAUUCUCUAUUUGAACAGCCACCUGACACCAAGAGACGGUACCCUUGGAUAACGUGAUGGUGAAGAUGCAGAAUCCAGUCUCACACAACAUCACUGAUGUAACUCCGGAGAUGAUGUCUGGGGCCACAGCCAUCCUUCUGCCUCUGCUUGGUCUGCUUGUGGUGGCAUUGAACUGCAGAGCCAAACAGUCCAUACCAGGUCCUUCAUUCUGUUUUGGAAUUGGGCCCAUCGCUUCUUACGCCCGGUUUCUGUGGCUGGGAAUAGGGACGGCGUCCAAUUACUUCAAUGAGAAAUACGGAGACAUUGCGAGGGUCUGGAUCAACGGAGAGGAAACACUUAUCCUCAGCGGAUCUUCGGCUGUCUACCAUGUGCUGAAACACGGACAGUACAGCUCACGGUUUGGGAGUAAGAAGGGACUUCAAUGUAUUGGGAUGUACGGAAAAGGCAUAAUUUUUAACUCUAAUGUUUCUCUUUGGAAAACAGUCCGCACUUACUUUGCCAAAGCCCUUACAGGUCCGUCACUUCAGCAGACUGUGGCGAUCUGUGCCGUGUCCACUAACAAGCACCUCGACUGCCUACACACUGUCAGCAACCCCGAGGGACAGGUUAACGUGCUUCACUUCUUGAGGUGCACCAUAAUGGACAUCAACAACAAGCUGUUUCUCCGAGUUCCCCUGGACGAAGAGGACCUUGUGCAUAAAACGCAGAGGUAUUUUGACUCCUGGCAAGCACUUCUGAUCAAGCCAGACAUUUUCUUUAAAUUCAAGUGGUUGUAUGAAAAACACAGCAAAGCAGCACAGGAGUUACCAGAAGCCAUUGAGAGGCUUGUUGAGAAAAAGAGGAAAUUGCUGCUGGAAACUGAGAAACUGGAUGAAAUUGACUUCACGUCAGAGUUAAUAUUUGCCGAGAAUCAUGGAGAUCUGUCUUCAGGCAAUGUGAACCAGUGUGUGCUGGAGAUGCUGAUAGCAGCACCUGACACAAUGUCUGUCAGCCUGUAUUUUAUGUUGAUGCUCCUCAAACAACACCCGGAUGUGGAACAGAAGCUGCUUGAGGAAAUUGACACUCUAAUAGGAGAUAAGGAUUUGCAAAAUGGUGACUUGCAAAAUUUGAAAGUCCUUGAGAAUUUUAUCUAUGAGUGUUUGAGAUUCCACCCCGUUGUCGACUUCACAAUGCGGAGAGCAUUAGAGGAUGAUGUCAUCGAGGGAUACAGAGUGAAAAGGGGGACAAACAUCAUCCUAAACAUGGGGCGCAUGCACCGGCAGGAGUUCUUUCCCAAGCCAAACGAGUUCAGCCUGGAAAACUUUGAGAACAAUGUGCCCAGCCGUUUUUUCCAGCCUUUCGGCUCUGGGCCCAGAUCUUGUGUUGGGAAACACAUCGCCAUGGUGAUGAUGAAGGCCAUCCUAGUGACCCUGCUGAAGAGAUACACAGUGAGUCCGCAGAAUGGGUGCAGCUUAAGCAGUAUCAAACACACUAACAACCUCUCUCAGCAACCGGUAGAGGACAGGAACACUCUGGACAUGAUCUUCAUUCCCAGACAGAAAUCACACCAUUAGGAUAUCAAGGUUGGGAAGGAAAAAAGACAUUACUUAUUAUUUUCUAUGUGUGUAUUGUAGGGUUACUUCUGGUGGACAGGUAUCUGGUUUUCUUCCCAGGUAUUUUAGAAAAUGUGUUUUACUGCAUUAACUUAAUAUGUACAUGUAUGUCCUUUAAAAAAACAGCAGCAUGAUAGGCUUUAUGCUUUCUGUGUCAGUGAAAGUAUUCUAAGUAGAGGAAAAUAUAUUACGUUUGUACACAUGAACCUUUCAGCAUUCUGCUUGUGUUUGGGUGCUGUUUAGUUCACAAACAAUUUCCUGUAAAGUCACUGUACCAUCUUGCAAUAAUGCAUUGUGAAUGAAUAUUAUUCAAUAAUAAAACUGAUAUACUCUCAGUG